UUUUUUUUCACUUAACCCAAAAAAAGAAAAAAAAGAAUAUAAUAAUUUAAGUCCACCCACUAAAAGAAGAAAAAAUAUAAUAAUUUAAGUGAAAGAUUUCCUAGAAAUCUUGCAAACGUCAACCCGCAGCAGAAAAUGGAGAAGAUCGAGCACUCUUCUCUCAGCAUCAGAGGCCUCAACCUCCGCAUAGCCCACGUAGGAAAAGGAGAAUUGGGGACUGUGGUAUUCCUCCAUGGAUUCCCAGAGAUAUGGUACUCCUGGAGGCACCAAAUGGUCGCCGUCGCCGAAGCUGGAUUCCGAGCCAUCGCCCCCGACUUCCGCGGCUACGGCCUCUCCGAGCAACCACCGGAGCCCGAGAAAGCCACCUGGGAGGACCUCGUCGAUGAUCUCCUCGCCAUCUUGGACUCCCUCUCCAUCCCCAAGGCUUUCGUGGUAGGGAAGGAUUUUGGGGCCAAACCAGCAUAUUAUUUCGUCGUCUCUCACCCAGAUCGAGUGGCAGGUGUCAUCACUUUGGGAAUUCCUUUUGCUCCCAAACGCUUCUCUCGUGAUAGCCUCCCGGAAGGCUUCUACAUAUUCAGAUGGGGGAUAAUACAAUCAAAUGAAUUGAUGAAUCGAUCGAUCUUAAAAUCAUUCCUAAAUCUCUGUUCCACACCUUGUUAUUUAAUUUAAUUUUCUUUUUCGCAGAAGCCAGGCCGAGCAGAGGCAGACUUUGCCCGUUUUGAUGUACA